AUGCCGAAAGCUAGUGGAAGGAUUCAAGAAGCAUGGCCUGAUUUCUUAUUAACUCACAAUCCCAUGUUAGCUGGAGUUGCUUGGUGGGUCAUUAUUGGUACAAUGAAUGGUGCUUCUGCUUGCGCAAGACUAACGAGAAGAUCACUCAAGGAGGUAUUCGAGUUACAUUACUUGGUCCUCAAAUGCGUUAGAAGAUUAGCGAUAAGCUGUUUCUGCAUAUGGGCAAAUUUGAAAAGGACUAGUUACAGGAUUGGCAUGUUUUGGGAUAUUCCACCCAUUUCUUAG